AUGGGGACGGCGACCCGAUCCCCGCUCGACGAAGAAGACCUCUUGAUUGAGAUCCUCCUCCGCCUCCCUCCGCUGCCGUCCUCCCUCCCCCGCGCUUCCCUCGUCUGCAAACUAUGGCGGCGCAUCAUCUCCGAUCGCAGCUUCCUACGCCGCUUCCGCGACCACAACCACCGGAGACCCCCUCUCCUUGGCCUGUUCUUCCACAGGCGCAAGGGAGUGCGCUUCGUCCCCACGCUGGAACCGCCGGACCGCAUCCCCGCCACACGGUUCUGCUUGCCUCACACCCACGAGGACGGCUGGUUCUUCUGCGGCUGCCACCGCGGCCUCGCCCUCCUCUACAGCAUACUCCACCGCCAGGCGGUCGUGUGGGAACCCUUGACAGGCAACCAGCGAUCUGUGGCUUUCCCACCGGGUUUCAACAACAUAGAAGACGCUGCGGUCCUCUGCUCGUCGCCUGAAGGUGAUUGCAAGUCUGCCUCAUUUAUUAUUGUCUUGGUGCGCAGCACCACCACACAUGCAGUUGCCAGUGUCUACGAUUCAGAAUCCAAUGCAUGGGGUGAUACUAUCUCGACACCGGUUUCAGCGACAGGUGGGAUUUGUUGCAUGAAACCCAGCACACUUGCUGGGAAUGGACUUUAUUGGCUACUUGUUGGAGGCAACAUUCUCGAAUUUGAUCUUCAAAAGCUGAGCCUGGCUGAGAUUGAGAAACCAGCAGCACUCAAGUGGUACGAUUAUUCCAACAUCCAGGUUGUGCGGACAGAGGAUGGCAGCUUAGGUCUUGCCACUUUAUCAGGAUUUAGCAUGCUACUGUGGGAGAUGAAGGCGGACUCUGAUGGCUUUCUUGGAUGGGUUCUGCAGAAGACGAUUCAACUUGACAAAGUACUUUCAUUAGAAGGGACGGACGAAGAUUGCAUAGUGAUCUGGGGUUAUACUGAGGACAGUAACAUGAUCUUUGUGUCUGCAGAACCUGAUAUUUUCAUGAUCCAACUUGACACCGUGCAGUUCAAGUCUCUAUCUCGAUCCUUCUACAUCACGAGAUACUAUCCAUACUCGAGUUUCUUUCCUACAGAUAUAAGCUUAUAGCAUCAUACUCUCUUUGAGUGACUCAUAUCUGAAGGAACCAUGAAGGUCACAACAGUUUUCAACCACUUUGGGGAAUGAAUCAUUCAGAGAAUGCCAAGUUUCCAUGAGUGGAAAGGGAGUUCGGUUGAUGGAAAAUAGGAAGUGGUGGAUGAUACGUGGAAAUGAUCUUUUCCUAUGUACAGCAUGUGAGAUCAGUGCAAUUUCAUAGAGAAAAAAGAUUUUGUUGCAUGUAUAUAUGUUUGCUUGAGGAAAAACCUAUAUACCAGAGAUGAUAGACCAGUGCAGUUUGCUACAGGGAAAAAGAUUCCUUACAAAAUGAAUUCAU